AUGUUAGCAUUCAUUUGUGAUGAAGCUAUACAUGAUUAUACAAAUUUUCAAACAUAUUUGAAGAAAGUCUUUAAUGAUAAUGUUAUUAAAGAAAUAAAUUUGAAAAAUUUAGACCAAGCUGAAAAUAAAUACUGGCAUAACAUACGGCAAGGUAGACUGACGGCUUUGAAAUUAUAUGAAGCUGCUCAUUGGAGAACUGAUGGUGCUUUAGUGCAACAAAUAUUAGGAGGCUAUAAGGUGCCUGAGACAAAAGCUAUAAAACGUGGAACGAAAUUGGAGGCCAGGGUACUCCAAGCUACUGAAGAAAAACUAAACCUGAAAAUAGAAAGAUCAGGAUUUAAACUCAUUAAUGGUAUUUUAGGAGCAUCACCUGAUGGGGUUGGGUUAAGAUUUUGUUGUUGA